AUGGGAGCCAGUCGACGUGACACCACAGCUCAAAGAAGGCCGGACCGCAAAGGCCAUGUCUCCCUCAACCUAACGCUCCGCCGUACAUUCCACCUGUUCGCCAACGUUCGUCCCUGCAAAUCCAUAGCCGGCUACAAAACCCCAUACGACAAUGUUGACACGGUCCUCAUUCGUGAAAAUACGGAGGGUGAAUACUCUGGGAUCGAGCAUGUCGUCGUUGACGGCGUCGUGCAAUCCAUAAAAUUGAUUACGCGCGAAGCAUCCGAGCGGGUCUUACGCUUUGCAUUCCAGUAUGCGGAAGAUGUGGGCAAGAGGAAGGUUAGAGUAGUGCACAAGGCUACGAUUAUGAAGAUGUCGGACGGACUGUUCUUGAAGACGGCAAGGGAUAUCUCGAAGGAAUUCCCACAGAUCGAAUUUGAUCUCGAGCUCCUCGACAACACAUGCCUAAAAAUAGUCACGGAUCCAGACCCAUAUAAUGACAAAGUCCUCGUUAUGCCCAACCUCUAUGGCGAUAUUCUCUCGGAUAUGUGCGCAGGUUUGAUUGGGGGCCUCGGCCUCACACCCUCUGGAAAUAUAGGCGACGAAUGCUCAAUCUUCGAAGCUGUCCAUGGUUCAGCGCCGGAUAUUGCGGGGCAGCAACUUGCGAACCCGACGGCACUGUUGUUGAGUAGUAUCAUGAUGUUGCAGCAUAUGGGACUGAAUGAGCAUGCGGACAAGAUCCAGAAUGCCAUAUUUGCGGUACUGGCGGAAGGUAAGACCAUAACAGGUGAUCUAGGCGGGAAAUCAAAGACGUUUGAAUUCGCGGGGGCGAUCAUUGAUCGACUCACAAAGGGCUUAGCUGUCGAUUGA